AUUAUGCUUGACGAGACAAGCGCAGCAAAAUUAAAAGCUGUCCCCCUGUCAAACGACACAAUUGCGAGACGUAUAUGCAACAUUUCCAAUGAUCUUGAGGAGCAACUCAUAGAAAAAUUAAAAGACAGUCGUUUUGCGUUACAAGUGGACGAAGCUACUGACAGCAAUAAAGACUGCUUGUUCAUAGCGUACAUCCGCUUUGUGAAUGGAGAGUCACUGUGCGAGGAUUUGCUGUUUUGCAAAUACAUAAAAAAUAGAGCCACUGCUGAUGAACUGUUUAAGAUCAUGGACAAUUACCUCAAAGAACACGGCCUUAAAUGGGAAAAUUGUGUGGGCUUUUGCUCUGAUGGCGCACAGACCAUGGCAGGCUCAAGAAACGGGAUGCAGGCGCUAAUAAAGAGGGUUGCGGCAGAUGCGCACUGGACGCACUGUGUCAUUCACAGGGAAGCGCUCGCGUCAAGACAGCUCAGCCCUGAACUAAAUGAGGUUUUGACAGAAGUUGUGAGCGUGGUAAAUUUUAUCAAAACCCGACCUCUGAAAGCGCGACUGUUCUCCGCACUUUGCGAGGAAAUGGGAGCUGAUCACACAUCUGUGCUGUUUCACAGUGAAGCACGGUGGCUCUCCCGGGGCAAAGUGCUGUCGCGCGUCUUUGAGCUCAGGGCAGAGAUUCGGAUGUUCUUGGAGGAGGAGCGCAUGUAUGAGUCUGCAAGCAAGUUCAGUGAUGAACAAUUUCUGUUGAAACUGGCCUACCUCAGCGAUGUGUUUGGCAAGCUGAAUGAAUUAAAUCUUCAGCUUCAAGGCAAAGACAAGCACCUACCUCACCUGGCAGACAAGAUCACAGCAUUCAUCCGAAAGCAUGAGGUAUGGGGCAGGCGCCUUGAUCAGCCAAACAUAGAUGUCUUUGAGAACCUGAGUGAAGUUGCUGAAACCAUUGCAUCUGGAGCCACCACAGUGAUCCCAUGUAUGAAGCAGCACCUCUCUUCCCUGAGAGGAUUGUUUCAAAAAUACUUCCCAAACAACAGUGCUCAGUAUGCCUGGGUUAUGGAUCCAUUCAAUGCAGCUGCACCUGCUGAUUUCAGGUCUGCUGAGGAGGACCAGUUCAUUGACAUGACAUCUGACUCCACCCUGAGGCUCAGGUUUAAUGCUCAGACUCUGAGUGAAUUCUGCUUUGGAGUGGAGAGGGAGUAUCCACUCAUUGGGCUGAGAGCUGUGUGCAUUCUUCUUCCCUUUGCCACAUCAUAUCUCUGUGAGAUGGGCUUUUCAGCUGUUGCUUCACUGAAAACAAAGUACAGAUCUCAGCUGAACAUUGAGCAUGACUUGAGAGUGGCAGUAUCAAGCCUGCAACCCCGCUUUGAGAAAUUGUGCGAUGCAAAACAGGCUCAUUGCAGCCACUAA